GUAUUAUCAAAAUGCUUAAAAAGAGAAUGGCUUUUUCUUGGGGGAGGGAAAAGUGGGAGGGGGGUGUCUUCAAUGUGGCUCAAUACACCCCACGCCCGCCCCCUUUUUCCAAACAACUCGAUUGCUUAUGGAAACUAUGCCCAUAUUUUCACUGAACAAUCGUCAUUCAAAAUU